UAAAAUAAAUAUCAAAAUAGAUUGUUCGUUGUUAUUGGAAAAAGCAAAGUACACAGAGGGGUAGGGUUUUUCUUGUCGUUAUUCAGAGCCAUCUUGUCACUACUAUUGACACUAGUACCAUCUAGGCAAGUUUAUUUCCGUGGAACUAACUGAAUGGCUUCAAAAAACAGGAGGAGUUUCCAGCCCCUGGUGAGAAACAAGGAAGGAGUUUUGUGUUACGCUACUAAGAUGGAUUGGGAUGCGAUAACGAUGGCGAACCUUCAUCUGACAGCUACCGAACAUCGCUAUUACGGCGAUAUUUUUAUAUAUUGCUGCGAAAACGCUGACAGUGACAGCGUAUCGGUUGUUAAAGUAGCCGAACUUUUACGCUCUGCAAAUUUGCCGCGAGACGUCACGAUGAAGAUACUAGACAUCUGCAUUGGAAUCAAAGGUACAACUCAUAUAGGUAAAAAACAAUUCUACGCAGUCCUUAAACUGGUAGCAGCUCAUCAAGCCGGGUUGGAUGUUUGUAGAGAUAUGGUAACGGCUGCUUUAGAUAUUAUAUCUCUGCCAAGAUUUACAUGGCCAACUUCUGGAGACGAGGAGGGCAGAAGGAGUACGGAUUCGACUAGAGGUAUUAAAAGUAGAUGUCAUGUACCUGAAAGCACGACAGAAAGUGAGAGCGAGGCAGAAUCUCCAAGAGAAACCGGUGGUAGCACGGAUUCUCCAACGCCAACCAAUAGUGUAACUCAAGAAAGAAAUGAUGGAAUGUUGGGAGGAGAUACAAUAUUGGAUACUGUUUCCGGAGGGUGGGAGGGUCUUCUUAUGUCCGAAGAGCAGAGACAAUUGUUAGGUACGGAAGAGGAAAGUUCUGAACGUCACAGCAGCGACGAAGGCGAAGGGGAAGGAGAUUGUUCUGGUUUUCCUCCGGAAGAGGUUUGGAUUAUUAGCGACGAGCAACGUGAUUAUUAUGCUGCUCAAUUUGCCCAAUUGCAGCCUGAUCCUGAAGGUCUUCUGGCUGGGCCAGUAGCUCGAACAUUCUUUGAGAAAUCUAGACUUCCUGUAGCUGAAUUAAGACGUAUUUGGCAGUUAGCGGAUGUAACCAGAGAUGGGGCGCUAAGUUUGCAAGAAUUUUACGUAGCUAUGCAUUUGGUAGUCCUCAGAAGAAAUCAUGUACCUCUUCCCGAUGUUUUACCUCCGUCCUUGUCCAUACCAUUAGUAAUGCAAACUACAAACGCCCCACCAGCAGUUUCAUCGACGACCAAGUGCCAAAGCAGUCCACCUAAUUCAGUAAAUAUGAGAGACAAGAGUAAGGAAUGGACCAAGUUUGUAGAUUCGCCGACUGGUACAACUACCUCUCUCACGAGUCCUGGAUUACAAUUGGUUAAUUUUGAUUUUCAAAAAUCUGCCGUCGAACGAGAUCCUAAAAUUUUACAUCCAGUAGCUCUUCGUUUAACACCCGAAGCAGCUAUUCUGGCAUCUGGGGCCAAUGGUAGCAAUAGCAGUUGUACCACAUUAGGUGAAGACGAUUUGCAACAUUCUUCCGUAUCUUUGGUACAGCGACCGCUUGUUAAAAAACCACCACAAUCUGCCGAAGAUGCCGUUAUAGUAACUCCAAAGAAGGAACCACCACCGCCACCACCUCCUAGGCCUUAUAGAACACACGCACGAAGUUCUAGUCUUGAUCUUAACAAACUAGGGAAAAAUGGUCAAAGUUUCCUCGGAGCACCUCCGCUCGUACCGCCAAGAAUUUCACCGGGAAUCACUUCACCUCGAAAAUUGGUUGGGCAAAAAAGCGAAGGAGAGGCACAGAGGACUCUCAGCGAAAGUCAAGGUUUUGUUGCUGAUUUUUCUCAUUUUUCUCCAAAGAAUGAAUUACCUGAAAAUCCUACCAUGGAGAACAGUAUUCCGCAAUCUCAACAAUUUACAGGAGUUUGUGGUGCAUUUCAAAUUUAUAGGAAACCCAGUCCUAAACGAGAGCUCGAGGAAGAAGAUUCGUCGAAAGAUGAUCCAGAAGAUGGUAAGAAAUUAACUUUGCAAGAAUUGCGAGAGAAGAAUGCAGAACUUCGACUAGUCUGUGAAGAAUUGACACGUGAAUUAGCCAGCGCUCUACAAGAACGUAUAAAUCUUCGUGCAAAACUUAUGCUUUUGGUCUGAUCCUUCCAUCAAUAUUUUCUCGUACAUACAUUCGAAGUAACGUUUUCCAUUCUUCAAUGUAAACUCAUGUAUUUAAUAUGUCGUACCUAGUCUAGAAUUGAUCUUCUUUCGACGGUAUAGUUUAUAUAUGUAUAUCUGCUGUCAAAGUCAAUUGUGCGAAUGAAAGAUAAAAAAAAAAAAAAAGGCUCGAACAAAAAAAAAUCAUGUUGCGGUAGUUCCGCUUUUUCUACAAUAAUCGGAGUUACUAUUUCCUGUCAUUACAGGAUCCUACAGUGCAAAAAUAUAUAUACUUUUAUAAUGCUGACGCAUCGAGAUAAUUAAGGACGCUUAAGUUUUUCAUUAUAUUUUAGGUACGCGUCUUUUUCUUCUAUUUUUUUUUUUUUUUUUUUUUUUUUUUUUUGACAAAAUCCUGUAAAAAUUAUUAUACAUUAGUUAUUUCUAUAUCGUGGGUAGAAAGAAAAAGCUAUUUUAGUUAGCUUGCAAAUGAUCUAUCCCCACCUCUCAUGAAAAAAAUUGUAGCAUUGAAAAAAAUGUGAAUUCCAAAACGUUUGUGGUGUAUUAUGGGACGAAUAUCCUUCAAGUAAGAAAUUAUUUAUUUAAAAGACGAAAUAAUAAUCUAAGCUUUACAUUUAUUAUUAAUGUACACUGCAAAAUUAGAUUAUUCAUUAAAAAAAAAAAAAGACGUAUGAUAAAUUCGUACAAACGUAGUCAUUGUCGUCUUCGCGUAGAAACUUUUCUUCUCUGUACUACGUGAUGUUCAUUUAUUAUUAUAUGUAUUUUAAUUAUGACUAAAAAAAAAAAAAAAAA